CUUCAGUGGCUCGACCCGCUGUGAGAUCAGCAUCUCUUUGGGCUUCAUCCUUCUUCCUGCACUGACGAGACACAGCCAGCAACGCCUGAGGUCACCCCGACACUUUUCCACCCACCAGAAUCCCACCCGACGUCCGGCGACCAUCUUGACGUCAGCGCGUCCAACCUUAGCGAGGAGCUCCACGACGACCCGGACAUCUCCAACAUGGCGGACCCCGCGCCGGAAGACAGCAAGUUCCUGUUCCUGCAGAACGACUUCCGCAACAGCGGCGUGGCGCAGGCGGACUGGGCGGCCAAGAAAAUGGUGUGGGUGCCGUCAGAGAGGGAGGGCUUCGAGGCAGCCAGCAUCAAGGAGGAGAAGGGCGAUGAGGUCCUGGUGGAGCUGUCCAACGGCCGUAAGGCCACAGUGAACAAGGAGGACAUCCAGAAGAUGAAUCCACCCAAGUUCAGCAAGGUGGAGGACAUGGCUGCCCUCACCUUCCUGAACGAGGCCUCUGUCCUCCAAAACCUACGCGAGAGAUACUUCUCCAGCCUCAUCUACACGUACUCGGGUCUCUUCUGUGUGGUGGUCAACCCCUACAAGAUGCUGCCCAUCUACUCGGAGAAGAUCGUUGAGAUGUACAAGGGCAGGAAGCGUCACGAGGUGCCGCCGCACAUCUACUCCAUCACCGACAACGCCUACAGGAACAUGAUGCAAGACCGCGAGGAUCAGUCCAUUCUCUGCACAGGAGAGUCUGGAGCGGGGAAGACAGAGAACACCAAGAAGGUGAUCCAGUACCUGGCCCUCGUCGCCUCCUCGCACAAAGGAAAGAAGGAAGCAAAUCCUGCAUCUCAGCAACAGCAGCCACAACAACAACAAGCUGGAUCGCUGGCCUACGGGGAGCUGGAGAAGCAGCUACUGCAGGCGAACCCCAUCCUGGAGGCCUUCGGCAACGCCAAGACCAUCAAGAACGACAACUCCUCACGAUUUGGCAAGUUCAUCAAGCUCAACUUUGACGUGACCGGCUUCCUUGUCGGGGCAAACAUUGACACCUACCUUCUGGAGAAGUCUCGCUGUAUCCGGCAGGGCAACACGGAGAGAGCCUUCCACAUCUUCUACUACAUGGUGUCAGGAGCCAAAGACAAGAUCCGAGAGGAGCUGCUGCUGGAGGACUACAGCAGCUACCGUUUCCUGGUGGCGGGACACGUGGAGGUUUCCGGUCUACAGGACGAAGAGAUCUUUGAUGAGACCCUGGAGGCCAUGGAGAUCAUGGGCUUCACAGAGGAGGAGAGAAUAGGGAUGUUAAAGGUGGUGUCCACUGUUCUCCAGCUGGGCAACAUUAAGUUUGAGAAGGAGAGAAACAACGAGCAGGCCACCAUGCCGGACAAUACGGCUGCCCAGAAGGUUUGUCACCUCCAAGGCAUCAACGUGACCGACUUCACCCGCGCUUUCCUGACCCCUCGAAUCAAAGUGGGCCGCGAGGUGGUGCAGAAGGCUCAGACCAAGCAGCAGGCGGAUUUCUCAGUGGAGGCGCUUGCUAAGGCCAUGUACGAGCGUCUGUUCCGCUGGAUCCUGGCCCGGGUCAACAAGACUCUGGACAAGAGCAAGAGACAAUCGUCUUCCUUCCUGGGAAUCUUGGACAUCGCUGGCUUUGAGAUUUUCGAGGACAACUCCUUUGAGCAGCUGUGCAUCAAUUACACCAACGAGCGUCUGCAGCAGCUCUUCAACCACACCAUGUUCGUCCUGGAGCAGGAGGAGUACAAGCGCGAGGGCAUCGACUGGAAUUUCAUCGACUUUGGCCUGGACCUGCAGCCGUGCAUCGAGCUCAUCGAGAGGCCGAACAACCCCCCGGGCAUCUUGGCCCUGCUGGACGAGGAGUGCUGGUUCCCCAAAGCCACGGACAACUCCUUUGUGGACAAAUUGCUGAACACCCACUCGGGUCACGUUAAAUUCUCCAAACCCAAACAGCACAAAGAUAAGAUGAUGUUCGCUGUUCUGCACUACGCCGGUAAGGUGGACUACAACGCAGCCAGCUGGCUGACAAAGAACAUGGAUCCGCUGAACGACAACGUCACUUCUCUGCUCAGCAACUCGUCCAGCAACUUCAUCCAGGACCUCUGGAAGGACGGUCAGUCUUUAGACCUCUUCUUCGGAAGAGCUGACAUUUUAACGAUUAGUUUUUCCUUGCCAGCGGAUCGAGUGGUGGGCCUGGAGACCAUGGCCAAGAUGUCCGACAGCUCCAUGCCCACCUCCACCAAGUCCAAGAAGGGAAUGUUCCGCACGGUGGGCCAGCUGUACAAGGAGUCCUUGGGCAAGCUGAUGACCACGCUGAACAACACGCAGCCUAACUUCGUGCGCUGCAUCAUCCCCAACCACGAGAAGAGGGCGGGCAAGAUGGAUGCCAACUUGGUGCUGGAGCAGCUCAGGUGCAACGGCGUGCUGGAGGGCAUCAGAAUCUGCAGACAGGGAUUCCCAAACCGCAUUGUGUUCCAGGAGUUCCGGCAGAGGUACGAGAUCCUGGCUGCCAACGCCAUCCCGAAAGGCUUCAUGGAUGGGAAGCAGGCGUGCUGCUUGAUGGUGAAGCACUUGGAUCUGGACACCAACUUGUAUCGCAUUGGUCAGAGUAAGAUGUUCUUCAGGACGGGGGUGCUGGCUCAGCUGGAGGAGGAGCGAGACAUCAAGCUCACUGUCGUCAUCAUCUCCUUCCAGGCGCAAGCGAGGGGCUUCCUGGCUCGCAAGGCUUUCAGCAAACGUCAGCAGCAGCUGAGCGCCAUGAAGGUUAUCCAGAGGAACUGUGCCUGCUACCUCAAACUGAAGAACUGGCAGUGGUGGAGGCUUUUCACCAAGGUGAAGCCCCUGCUGCAGGUGACAAGACAAGAGGAGGAAAUGGGCCAGAAGGAUGAGGAACUCAAGGCGGCUAAAGAAGUGGCAGCCAAGAAGGAGGUUGAACUGAAGGAGGUCACACAGAAACACACGCAGCUAAUGGAGGAACGAGUCCUGCUGGAGACCAAACUCCACGCAGAGACGGAGCUGUACGCCGAGGCCGAGGAGAUGAGGGUGCGCCUGGAGGCCAAGAAGCAGGAGCUGGAGGAGGUUCUGCACGAGAUGGAGGCCAGGUUGGAGGAGGAGGAGGAGCGUGGCACCACCAUGCAGCAGGAGAGGAAGGACUUGGAGCAGCAGCUUCAGGGUAUGGAGGCCCACCUGGUGGAAGAAGAAGAUGCUCGUCAAAAGCUGCAGCUGGAGAAGGUGGCCUUGGAGGGAAAGGUGAAAAAACUGGAGGAGGAUGUUCUCCUGAUGGAGGAUCAGAAUGACAAACUGCAGAAGGAAAGAAAGCUUCUGGAGGAGAGGAUGGCUGACUUAAACUCCAACCUGGCCGAGGAGGAAGAGAAGUCCAAGAACCUGACCAAACUGAAGAGCAAGCACGAGUCCAUGAUCUCCGAGUUGGAGGUACGUUUCAAGAAGGAAGAGAAGGGUCGUCUGGACAUGGAGAAGGCCAAGAGGAAGGUGGAGGCCGAGGUGGCUGAUCUCCACGAGCAGCUGGCCGACUUGCAGGCCCAACUCGCCGAACUCCGAGCUCAGCUGGCUGCCAAGGAAGAGGAGCUGCAGGCCACGCAGGCCCGUUUGGACGAGGAGAGUAACCAACGCGGGGCGGCUGUGAAGAAGAUUCGAGAGCUGGAGGCCCUCCUCUCUGAGGUGCAGGAGGACCUGGAGGGAGAGAGAGCGGCUCGAGCAAAGGUGGAGUCGGCCCGUCGGGACCUGGGGGAGGAGCUUAAUGCCCUGCGGUCUGAGCUGGAGGACAGCCUGGACACCACUGCCGCCCAGCAGGAGCUUCGGGCGAAGCGUGAGCAGGAGGUGGCCAUGUUGAAGAAAGCCAUGGAGGAGGAGGGGCGGAGUCAUGAGGCCCAAGUCCAAGAUCUGAGGCAGAAACACAGUCAGGCUGUGGAGGAACUCUCUGAGCAGCUGGAGCAGGCCAAGAAAGUGAGAGCGGGUCUGGAGAAAGCCAAGCAGGCUCUGGAGAAGGAGUCUGCCGAUCUCAGCGCUGACCUUCGAUCCCUCGCCAGCGCCAAGCAGGACGUGGAGCACAAGAAGAAGAAGGUGGAGGGUCAGCUCAACGACCUCAACUCACGCUUCAGCGAGAGCGAGCGGCAGAGGACCGAGCUGGGCGAGCGCGUCUCCAAGAUGACUGUGGAACUAGACAACCUGAGCAGUCUUCUGAAUGAGGCUGAGGGAAAGAACAUCAAGCUUAGUAAAGAUGUGUCUGGCCUGUCCUCGCAGCUGCAGGACACGCAGGAGCUGCUGUCAGAAGAGACACGUCAGAAGCUGAACGUGGCAGGACGUCUGCGUCAGAUGGAAGAGGACAAGAUCGGUCUGGUGGAGCAGCUGGAGGAGGAGAGCGAAGCCAAGCGAGCCUCGGAGAGGCAGGUGUCCAGCCUUAACGUGCAGCUGUCGGACUGCAAGAAGAAGCUGGAUGAGACUCUGGGCUGCGUGGAGAUGCUGGAGGAAGGAAAGAAACGUCUGCAGCGCGACUUGGAGGCAGCCAACAACGAGUACGAGGAGAAAGCCUCAGCCUACGACAAGAUGGACAAGAGCCGCGGCCGACUGCAGCAGGAACUAGAGGACGUCCUCAUGGACCUGGACGGCCAGCGGCAGCUCGUCUCCAAUCUGGAGAAGAAGCAGAAGAAGUUUGAUCAGAUGCUGGCGGAGGAGCGAGCCGUGUCCUGUAAGUUUGCAGAGGAGCGAGAUCGAGCGGAGGCCGAGGCGAGGGAGAAGGAGACCAAGGUGUUGGCUCUGUCCAGAGCACUGGAGGAGAACCGUGAUGCUCUGGAAGAGGCGGAGAAGACCACAAAAAGCCUCCGAGCUGAGAUGGAGGACCUCAUCAGCUCCAAAGACGACGUGGGAAGAAGUGUACAUGACCUGGAGAAGGCAAAGCGUGGCCUGGAGGGCGUCAUGGAGGAGAUGAAGGCCCACAUGGAGGAGCUGGAGGAUGAGCUGCAGGUCGCUGAAGAUGCCAAGCUGCGCCUGGAGGUCAACAGUCAGGCCCUCAAAGCUCAGCAUGAGAGGGAGCUGCAGGCCCGUGAGGAGAUGGGCGAGGAGAAAAGGAAGCAGCUUCUCAAGCAGGUGCGUGAGCUGGAGGCGGAGUUGGAGGAGGAGAAGAAGCAGCGAGGUCAGACCUCUGGUGGCAAGAAGAAGCUGGAGGGAGAACUGAAGGACAUGGAGGACCAGCUGGAGGCCACCAACAGGGGGCGCGAUGAGGCUCUCAAGCAGCUGCGCAAAAUCCAGGGCCAGAUGAAGGAUGUCCAGCGAGAGCUGGAGGAUUCCCGCGCGGCCCAGAAGGACGUCCUGGCCUCGGCGAGAGAGACCGAGCGGAAAUCCAAGACUAUGGAGGCCGAACUCGUGCAGCUGCAUGAGAUGCUGGCGGCGGCUGAGCGAGCUCGAAAGCAGACAGAGGCGGAGCGAGAUGAGCUGGCCGAGGAACUGGCCAGUAACUCCUCUGGAAAGAACAUGAUGUCUGACGAGAAACGUCGUCUGGACGCAAAGAUCCGCCACCUGGAGGAGGAGCUGGAGGAAGAGCAGACCAACAGCGAGAGCCUGAAUGAGCGCCUGAGGAAGAGCCAGCAGCUGGUGGAGCAACUGGGGGCGGAGCUGGUGGCGGAGAAGUCGGCGUCGCAGAGCAAGGAGGCGUCCAGGCAGCAGCUGGAGAAGCAGAACCGCGAGCUGAAGGCCAAGGUGCAGGAGAUGGAGGGUCAGGGACGCUCCAAGCUCAAGACCUCCGUCACCACCCUGGAGAACAAGCUGAAGGAGGCGGAGGAGCAGCUGGAGACGGAGAGCAGAGAGCGUCAGGCGGCCGGCAAGAAUCUGCGCCAGAAGGAGAAGAAGCUGAAGGACGUGAUGCUGCAGAUGGAGGACGAGAGGAAGCAGGCGCAGCAGUACAAAGACCAGGCUGAGAAGAGCGGCGUGCGCGUCAAGCAGCUGAAGCAUCAGCUGGAGGAGGCGGAGGAGGAGGCUCAGCGCGUGGUCGCCGCCCGCAGGAAGCUGCAGAGGGAGCUGGACGAGGCGGCCGAGGCCAACGACGCCCUCAGCCGGGAGGUGACGUCGCUGAAGGGGAAACUGAGGCGCGGCGGAGAGGCGGGUUUUAGCGGCGCCAGUCCUCGCGGAAGCAGCAGCGGCGGUGGCGGCGGCGGAGGAGGAGCCAUGAGGAGCUUGGGGCUGAUGGGAGGAAGCAUCAGCCGGAGGAGCGCCAUCGUGGAGAACUCGCUGGAGAUCCCGGAGGAGGAGCCUCGCUCACCUUCUCCCCCCGCCAGUAGCCCCCCACCGGAGGCUUGCGAGGAGGUGAACGACUGCCCUCCUGACGAGUAGACACACAAUCCUCACUCGGCCAACUACACCAGGGGUGUCCAAACUUUUUCCACUAAGGGCCGAACACUCAAAAAUUUAAGCAUGCGGCAGCCAUUUUGAUAUUUCUCAUUUUCAAAACCACUACAAUUUAUACAUUUUUUUUAACCUUUUGGGCUCCCUUUAAGUUUGUUUUUUUUAUUAUCCUUUUUACACGCUUAAAUCUCUAGAUCAACUUCAGGUCUAUCUGUCGAUUUAAGCAAAAAAAAACAACAAGUUUAUGUUUUAUGCCCUUUUUGUCAAAGAAAACCCUGUUUUCUAUGAAAAAACACAAAAUAUGCAAUAUUUUCCCUCUAAAAUAUUUAAAGUGUAAUAUUUAAUGUGAAGUCAUUUGGAGCCUUGAAUAGAUCAAUAAUUCAUAACAACAUUGAUUUUAUUCAUUAUUAUUUUAUUAUUUUUUGAGCAAAAAAAAAAAAACACUAAAAUUAUUGGUUAUCCAAAAAG